AUGGACAAAAGAAACCUUAUUAAUACGAUGCACUCUUAUGCACGAAGCUGUUUGACUGACCAACUUGAGGUCAUGGACAAUCUUAUUGCUGCGGGAAAAGAACCGAUUUCUGAACAGGUACCUGAAGUUCCAAAAUCAAAGAAAAGCAAAAAACCGCAGAGUGAUGUGGUGGAGGACUCUGACCAGAGGUCGUUAAGCAUCCUCGAGAGAAUUGAGAAGAGACAAAUCGAGACUCUUAAGCGGCUCGAAACCUUGGAAGAUGCUGUUAAAGAAAACUGA